CUAUAUCGAUGGCGUUAUGUCUUUGUUAUAUACGUCAAUGACAUCGAACGUCAUGGUAACACAAUUGUGCAUGUUUUGACAAAGAGUGCCACUUUCGGAUGGGUAAUGUCAACAUCCAGCCAGGCGCUCAUACUUAAGAAAGGCGUACUGAUGGAGGAUGAAGUGCGACCGACGUCGUCGGGACAACGGUCGGGAUCUCAGUGCUCUGUGCCGACAGUUGUGAGUGGCGUGCGCUUGGCGGGACUGGUUCCUCAACGGACGUUGAUAAAGUUGACAGCCGGCCCAUUUCCGGUUGAUGUCGGCCCUACACCGCCGGUCUAGACAGAUCGUCCAUCUCUGCAAAGGUAAAAGCAGCCAGUCAGUCCUUUCCAAUACCAGAAGUUACUCGCUUUUGGUUUCCGGCCCAGUACCCUCUUGCUGGACCCGGACUGCGUGUAUGAUGCCACCUGCCACCGCGCCUGUUGUAUGCAUGCACCGCGAUCCCGGAAGGAGAGCCCACAGAAACCGGACGCACCUAGCGGGAUCGCGGCACGGGGCGCUGUUGAUCCUCAGAUUGACAACAUCGAUUGGAUCGCCCCAAGUCUGCACAUGCGCAGUGACAACAUCGACCGGAUCGCCCCAAGUCUGCACAUGCAUGGUGACAACAUCGACCGAAUCGCCCCAAGUCUGCACAUGCGCAGUGACAACAUCGACCAGAUCGCCCCGAGUCUGCACAUGCGCAGUGACACACCACCCAGUAUUCCGAACGCCGCAGUUUUCAGUUUCCGGAACAACGCAAACGUGCCCCACUCGAAGGUGCAGUACCUAAUACAGACUCAACUCAACGUUCCGGUGCGAAGUAUCCAGUUCGAUCCCCACGAUAUCCGGUCAUCGCGACCAGAUGUUGAAUCCCGCUGGGUCGUCAAAUAUCGUAAUACAGCGGAUGUGUCAAAAGCUAUUCAGUCGGGACUUCUGGUGGACACGGACCGGCUGGUGUUUUACCAGCACAAUGACGUCACUACACGCGAAACCGCGGCCUAUAGAAACUACAUGGAGGUUGUUAACGCCCAUGCCGUGAUAGCGGCGUCUGCUGAUAACGUAGUGCGCGGGAAACUUAAACGCGCAGUUUCCAGCGGUCGAUGUCACUCAAGACGUUUAAGAUAUUAUGAAGCUAACUAAAUGGAAGUGACUUUUUGAAACUAUGUGACUAUGUGGUUAUGUUAAUUAAGGUUGUUUGGGAUAUGUACACUGGCAUGUAUCAACAGUGAUUCGAUUAGUACACAGUCAAGUGGAAUGCAUACAUAAACGCCAUUUAAAUUCAAACAUCCACAUUCAUUUAUGACAAAUAUACGCUUCCCUUUUGUUGUCGAAGUUUUUGUUUGUUUUGAAUACUUAGGAAUAUAAUACAUGUAUUGAUAAUACUAACUUUUAGCAUAUUAAAUCAUUUCCCACUUCAAACACAAAGUUAUAACAUGUAUACAUUAAACAUAUUUAGAACAAAUAUU